AUGCGUCUGGACCGUGCUUUGGCGUUGAUCUCUGAGUUUGUGGGAGCUCAGAAUGACACGGAGCCUGUAGUCCUGGAGGGCAAAUGUCUUGUGGUUUGCGACUCUAAUCCGACUACGGAUUGGAAGGGCUCGUCCUCUCCUCUUGGCAUUUCGGUACGUGCGGCAAACUCCAAGGUCGCUUUUUCUGCGGUCCGGAGCAACAAUCACGAACCGUCGGAGAUGAGCAAUAAAACAAGAAUCAUAUACUUCGACCAAGUUCUUGUGAAUAUAGGGAACUAUUUCACAUUGGAGUCAGUGUUUUUGUCACCCAGAAAAGGGAUCUACAGUUUUAAUUUUCACGUUAUAAAAGUGUACCAGAGCCAGACUAUACAGGUGAACUUAAUGUUGAAUGGUAAACCUGUCAUCUCAGCUUUUGCGGGUGACAAAGACGUAACUCGAGAGGCAGCCACCAAUGGAGUUCUGCUCUUUUUGGAUAAAGAGGACAAGGUCUACCUUAAACUGGAAAAGGGGAAUCUAGUUGGCGGAUGGCAAUACUCUACGUUCUCUGGUUUCCUUGUUUUCUCUCUGUAA